AAUGUUUCAGCUCGUGUCACCGAAGCGAAGCGAAACAUAAUCACAAACACAAACACACACUCUUCUCUUUCUCUCUCUCUCUCUCUCAACCUCUCACACGUUCAUGGAUUCUCCUUCUCGCUCCUCCGUCAUCAUCGUGGGCGCCGGUAUCUCCGGUCUCGCCGCGGCGAAGGUGUUGGCCGCGAACGGCGUGGAGGACGUGGUGAUUCUGGAAGCUUCCGACCGCGUCGGCGGCAGGAUCCGAAAGGAGCAUUUCGGCGGCGUGUCGGUGGAGCUCGGCGCCGGUUGGAUUGCCGGCGUCGGCGGCCCUCAGCCCAAUCCGGUUUGGGAACUCGCCGCCGAAUUAGGCCUCCGCACGUGCCUAUCCGACUACAGCAAUGCGCGCUACAACAUCUACGAUCGCAGCGGGAAGAUCGUUCCGAGUGGAAUCGCUGCUGACUCGUACAAAAAAGCGGUGGACUCGGCGAUUCAGAAGCUGCGGAACCAGGAGGAAGAAAGAAAUGAUGGCGACGAGGAGAGUGACAACGGAGGGAGUAAUGAUAAUGCCUCCGAACUAACGACGACGCCUGAGACACCAAUAGAGCUCGCCAUUGAUUUCAUCCUGCAUGAUUUCGAAAUGGCUGAGGUGGAACCAAUAUCUACCUACGUAGACUUUGGGGAGAGAGAAUAUUUGGUUGCGGACGAAAGAGGAUACGAUUUUUUGCUGUACAAAAUGGCUGAAGAAUUUCUCUUCACAUCGGAGGGUAGAAUCUUGGACAAUCGUCUCAAACUCAACAAGGUAGUCCGGGAAUUGCAGUAUUCAAAAAGUGGCGUUACGGUGAAAACAGAGGAUGGCUGCGUUUACGAAGCCAAUUACGUAAUUCUGUCUGUUAGCAUUGGCGUUCUCCAAAGCGACCUACUCUCCUUCAAUCCACCCUUGCCCAGAUGGAAAUUGGAAGCCAUCGAGAAGUGUGAUGUGAUGGUGUACACUAAAAUCUUUCUGAAGUUUCCGUAUAAGUUCUGGCCGAGUGGACCCGAAAAGGAAUUCUUCGUCUAUGCUCACGAGCGGAGAGGCUACUACACAUUUUGGCAGCACAUGGAGAACGCCUAUCCUGGCUCCAAUAUUUUAGUCGUGACAUUGACUAAUGGGGAAUCGAAACGUGUGGAAGCUCAACCUGAUGAAGAGACCUUGAGGGAAGCUAUGGCAGUGCUCAGAGAUAUGUUUGGACCCAACAUCCCCGAUGCCAUCGAUAUACUUGUUCCUCGCUGGUGGAAUAACAGGUUUCAGCGUGGCAGCUACAGCAACUACCCCAUUAUUUCCAAUCAUAAAGUUUUUCAUAAUAUUAAGGCCCCUGUAGGUCGCAUUUUCUUCACUGGGGAGCACACUAGUGAAAGAUUUAAUGGCUACGUACACGGUGGAUACCUAUCAGGUAUUGACACCAGCAAAGCUUUACUGGAAGAAAUGAGGAAGGAAAAGGAAAGAAAAAGUGAGAGCCAAACUCUGUUGUUAGAGCCCUUGCUAGCAUUGACAGGAUCAUUAACAAUGUCGAAACAAGAAACGGUGUCCAAUAUCCACAAGUGCGACAUUCCUACGCAAUUAUAUCUCAGUGGCAAGCUUGGGAUACCAGAGGCUAUAUUAUGAUUAUGACUAUAUAUGGGAUUGAAGAGAAAUUACCUCAUUAAAGAUGAUUCUUAAAGAUGCAUACUUGAUGACAAUCAUCAUGAUCAGGUGGGUCCUGAUCCUUAAGUCUCAUUGAAGUCCUGAUCCUUAAGUCUCAUUGAAGUCCUUGGUGCCGCCAUUGGUAAUGUACAUUAACGAGUCACUAAAGUAUGAUGGUGAAGGGAAGAAGUGCCAGAACACACUGCAGAUGUCUCCUCACUUUAUUCCAUUUCACUGCUAAUGAAGCUUACUAGGUUUCGGUUAUUGAAGGGGAAUUAAUAAUUUAAUUGGUAUACACUUACGAUUACUUUGUUCUUUAUAGUCAGAAGUAAUAUUACAUUGUAAGGAUAACGGCUGAUAUGUGGAUCCUAAUUGUUUUACGGGUCAUUAAUGUCCAUUUUAAUUUUCUUGCAAUGCCAAGAACAUGAUUUUCAUGAAUGAAAAUAUUUGUGUAUACUUA